AUGGCGCUGAGGGAAGAGGCGGAGGCGAGGGUGACGCGAAAGACGUGCGAUUUGAUUUACGAAGUCGCGGCGGGGGCGAUGGAACGGGAAGAGCCGUGGGCGGAGUUGAUGCCGUUCAUGUUCGGUGCGGUUUCUGAAGGGUCGGACCGAUUGAAGGAGAGCGCGUUGAUGAUCUUUGCGAUGCUCGCGAGUUACAUGAGCGAUGCGUUGGUGCCGCAAAUUCCGACGCUGCACGCGACGCUGAGCGCGUGCUUGGCGUCGGCGGAUACGAAUGUGCGACUGGCGGCGUUACGAGCGACGUGUGCGUUCGUCGAUGCGUUGGAAAAUCCGAGCGAUCGAAUGAAGUUCCAAGAUUUGUUGCCGGCGAUGCUCAACACGAUCGGUUCGGCGUUGAGAGGUCAAGAUGAGACGUCGGCGCAAGAGGCUCUCGCGUUGUUCAUCGAGCUCGCUGAAGCCGAUCCGAGAUUCGUGCGCAAUCAUCUCGUCGAGCUCGUGGAAGCGAUGCUCAGCAUCGCGGAACAUAACGACCUCGAGGAUGGCACGCGAACGUUGGCGACUGAGUUCUUGGUGACGCUCACCGAGGCGAGAGAUCGUGCGCCGGGUAUGAUGCGCAAGGUUCCAAAUUUCGUCCAGCGCCUGUACAACUGCCUCGUCUCCUUCUUGGUCAACGACAUCGAAGACGAUGAAGAUUGGCACACGACGGAGAACGAAGAGGACGAGGGUAUCGGUCAAGGUGAUUUGUACGACGUCGGUCAAGAGUGCCUGGACCGCGUCUCCAUCGCGCUCGGCGCCAACUCCAUGUUACCCGCGUGCGCCGCAACGAUGCCGUCGCUGAUUGGCGACGCGGAUUGGAAGCGUCGUCACGCCGCUCUCAUCGCACUCUCGCAAAUUGCCGAAGGUUGCGCCAAGGGAAUGAAGAAGGACGUUGUCGGCGCCAUUCAGCCGUGCUUACACGCGCUCGCCACCGAUCCCCAUCCUCGCGUUCGUUGGGCCGCCAUCAACGGGUUGGGGCAAAUGUGCACCGAUCUUGGCCCGAGAUUGCAAGAACAGGCGCACGCUAACGUCGUACCGUUGCUCCUGAACGCCAUGGAUGACGUGAAGAAUCCGCGUUGCCAGGCGCACGCGGCCGCCGCGACGGUAAACUUCAGCGAAGACUGCCCUCCGGAGUGCAUGGCGCCGUAUUUGGACACGCUCAUGAACAAGCUUUUGAGCUUACUGCAGUCUGGCAACAAGUCUGUGCAAGAAGCGGCGCUCACGGCGCUCGCAUCGACCGCGGACAACGCGCAAGAAUCCUUCAUCAAGUACUACGACACCGUCCUUCCGUACUUGAAGUCCAUCUUGGUGAACGCCAACGGAAAGGAGUACCGCAUGUUGCGCGCCAAGGCUGUGGAGUGCAUUUCUCUCGUCGGUAUGGCCGUUGGACGCGCCCGCUUCGCUCAAGAUGCGCGUGAAGUCAUGGACAUGUUGAUGCGUCUCCAAUCUGGCGGAUUCGAAGACGACGACCCAACGGUGCAAUACAUGCUUCAAGCCUGGACGCGUUUGUGCAAGUGCCUUGGCGAGGAAUUCGUCCCGUAUCUUGAAGUCGUGAUGCAGCCGCUGUUGAAGUCUGCCAAUUUGAAGGCGGACGUCAUCGUCACGAACAAGGACGAUGAAGACGGGGGCGAGGAGGAGGAAGAGGAAAACGACGAUUACGAACAGGUCGAAGUCGGCGACAAGCGAGUUUCCAUUCGCACGGCGGCUUUGGAAGAAAAAGCCACCGCGUGCAACAUGUUGUGCUGCUACGUCGACGAGCUCAAGGACGGUAUUUUGCCCUACUUGGAGCAAAUUCUGCAAACCAUGAUUCCCUCGCUCGAGUUUUAUUUCCAUGAGGACGUGCGUAGAGCCGCCGUGGCGUCGUUACCGGAUCUUCUCCGCGCCGGUAAGCUUGCUGUGAGCAAGGGAGCAAAGGAUAAAGCUUGGUUCCAGCAACUCGUCAAUCAUAUCAUUCCCCCCCUUAUUCAAGCGAUGGCGAAGGAACCGGAUAUCGAGAUUCAGGCUCGCAUGCUCGAAUCGCUCGCGGAGUCCGCCGGUGAAGCCGGUGACCUCGUGCGCGAUCACUUAUCGGCAAUGUUAGAAACAUUCAAGGUAUUGCUCACGGAGUCGCUGGAGCGACGUGCGGAGCGGAACAAGCGCGCGGGCACGGACGAUUUCGAUGAAGAGGAAAUGCACGCGCUGGAGGAGGAACAAGAAGCCGAGGACGAAGUGUUUGAUCAAUUCGCCGAAUGCGUCGGGUCUUUGUUGAAAAGCUUCCACAGCGCGAUUCUUCCGUCUCUUGAGCCAUUGCUCGCGUUCAUCGUGCCGCUGCUGGACAAGAACAGGAGCCCCGCCGAGCGACGUAUUGCGAUUUGCGUGUUCGAUGACAUUUUUGAACACGCGAGUGACGGUGGCGGCGCUCUCAAAUAUCUCGACGGUUUCGUAUCGCCUUGCAUCGCUGGAUGCACGGACAACGACGCGGAUGUGCGCCAGGCGUCUGUUUACGGCGUCGGCGUGAUGUCCGAGCACUGCGGCCAAAGCUUUAACGCUCACGUGCCGAGCGCGCUCAGCGCGCUCGCGAGCGUCAUUCAAGCGCCGGGCGCUCGAGACGAUGAGAACAUCUACGCCUUCGAGAACGCGGUCGCCGCGCUCGGGAAGAUGUGUGAAUUUCAGAACGCCGCCUUGGACGCUAGCGUCAUCUUGCCUUCGUGGUUGGCGAGCUUGCCGCUGACGGAGGACAGGGUUGAGGCGAGAAACGUGCACGCGCAACUCAUGCGCCUGCUCGAGAGCAACGGGCAAGCCUUGAUGGGUGCCUCUUACGAGCACCUUCCCCGCGUCGUCAGUGUACUCGCGGAUGUUUUACCAACCUCCGGUUUGAGCGCGAAGCUCCGUCUCGUCGAGCCCGAAGUCGCGGCAAAGAUGAAGGCGUUCCUCGUGCAAAUGCAAUCGAGCCUUCCUCAAGACAAGCUCAGCGCCGCGUGGGGCAUCUUGAGCGCGGAGAAACAAGCCGCGCUGCAGGCGGCACUUCAAGGUUAG